AUGUGCAAAAUAUGCUUUGAAACUAGAGAUCUAUGGAAAAAGUCGGGAUUUUGGCUCUCAAAUGCUUAUCAAAUGAAUGCUACGAUUCCUGCAGUUUCAUCCCACGACUCGUUAAGAGACUUAUCAUCGACUGAUAAAGAGUAUACAUCAGUGCAUCACUUGAGAAAUGAUACAACAAUUGGUAUCAAUCCUUCGUCUUUAACAUUAUGGCAAAAGUUGUCGGACGCAGCCAUGAGAUUAGGAGAUGAAAGUCAAUACAUUUGUAAUAAUAAUAAUACCCAAUCCUCAUCACAAUCAGUAUCAUCAACACUUAGACCACUAAUUUCUGUGAUAAGAAACGAUAGUCAAAGUCCUAAACAUGACGAAACUGAACGUCAAAUUCAUCCAAAAUUGUGGUCAACGACAGCAACACUUGAAAUGAAAUGUCUUUGGGAUGAGUUCAACGAAUUGGGAACCGAAAUGAUUGUUACAAAAGCGGGACGGAGAGCAUUUCCAACAUUUCAAAUAAAACUCCGGGGAAUGGAUCCGAUAUCAGACUACAUAUUAAUGAUGGACUUUAUGCCAGUCGAUGACAAACGAUAUCGAUAUGCAUUUCAUAGUUCGAGUUGGGUCGUGGCUGGAAAGGGAGAUCCGAGUACUCCGCCCAGAAUCCAUGUGCAUCCGGACUCACCCGCUAAGGGCGCUCAUUGGAUGAAACAAAUUAUAUCAUUUGAUAAAGUUAAAUUGACAAACAAUCAAUUAGAUGAUAAUGGACAUAUAAUCUUAAACUCAAUGCAUAGAUAUCAGCCGAGAUUUCAUGUGUUAUAUGUGGUACCAAAAGAUGAGGACAUGAAUCAAACGGAAAAUUUCAAGACAUUUACGUUUUCUGAAACCAAGUUUACAGCGGUUACCGCAUAUCAGAACCAUAGGAUAACUCAACUGAAAAUAGCGUCCAACCCUUUCGCUAAAGGUUUCAGGGAUUGUGAUUUGGAUGACUGGAAUGGGAUGCCGGCACAGACACCGACACAUGUAACUAAUACACAUAUAUUUGACUCGUGGUCAGCAACAGCAGCGGCACAAACAUGUAAUCAACAGCAAUACCGAACCAAUGGAUCGGCUUUUUCUCAUAUUAUGCAAAAAUGA